GCAAAAUCAGCCAGUUUUAGGCCACUUCUAUGGUGUUUCUUCUGUUAUUAUUAUUUGUUUUUACUUGAGUGUGUGUUUUUAAUAAUAAUCAUAGCUAUGCGUCAAAUCAUUCGUGCAUAAAAUACAGCGUUGCAGUCGACUUUGGCUGCAGACACAGAUUAGAAACUGUUUAUCAAUUUAUUACGUGUCGCCUUUGGUCAACCACUUUUCAAUAUGUUGCUUUAUAUGUGUAUCGCUUUGUUUGUAACCUGUGUGUCUUCUACGGAAACGCAAAUUACACAAACAGUUUACGGGUUUUUGGAUUUCACAACUACUAUUGGAAAUACAGUAAUGGUAUUCUCUCCACAAAGCUCUCCUCAAUUCGAACUUUCCAUAAACAAGACCACUCCAAGUCCAAUAAGUAUUAUCGAAACCAGACCGCCCUCACAUGACAAAGAGACGAGUAAAAGUGGAAUUAAACCGACGCCACUGACAGCAACAAGCUUUAAAGUGGAUGCUGAAACCACUUCCACAGUUGAAAACAAUAAUAUAAUUAGUUUAUCGAAUACUCCGAUUAAAACGUUAGACUAUCCUGAAUAUGCUUUACUUUCUCGCCAGCCCGAAGAAUUCGCUGAAGAGACUUUCCGCUUGGUAAACUUAAAAAGUCGAGCAGAUCCUGAAAGACAACGAAUAUAUCAGUCAAAGCGGGAGAACAAUCAUAAUCUGUCCUCCGGCCUGUUUUUAAAAAAGGGCGAAAGUUCAUCGAAAAAUAGCGCUUUAGGCUCAAAACCUUCAACAAAAUAUGCACAAGCACCUCAAUCCAUAACAAGUACUGAAAAGAGGAACAAAAACCGUGCAACAUCUUCAUCGCGAGUAUUAAAAACGAUAACUCCAUCGAUUCAACCAAGCAAGACACCAAUAGAAUCAACGCCUCAGCAGAAUGGAUAUACUAAAAGUAGUCGUAAAAGUAAUCGGGAACCAGGCGAAAAACGAAAAUCAUCUCGCAAUAAGGGAAAGAGGAGACAUAAGAAUACGCAUAGUUCAAGCACGCAAAUUACGGCAACUGCGGUAGACACAAGUUCACGUCGUUCAUUUAGAACAAAAACCAGCCAGCAACAUAAUCAACAACAGCAACAACCACAACAGCCUGAGGAAAAUAUACAAAAUCUUAGCCAAAAUACCUUAAAGCUGAAUAGACGACCUGGACGCUGGCAGUAUAAAUCAGCGCCAAAACCGAAAGUUAACAUAAGAAAAACUUCGAGCAACACGACUCGAACAGCUACAACCACCACUGAUAUCCCCAAUGAAACUCUUUUGGAAGUAGACGAUAAAUAUCAAUUACCAAAGGCCAAUAAUCUGGGCAGAGACUUGGAAGCAGUUGGUUCUCAAAACUCAGUUGUAGCUGAUAAUGAUGAAUUGAAGCCCAAAAACUUUGUACGGACAUUGAAUGUCGAGAUAUCGACACCUAGCAAUUUUGUAGAUACUUACUAUGAAAUAGCUACCAUAAAAAGUCCAUUUGUAUUCCAGGCAGGACUCGUGAAGAAGACCCGGUUCUUGACGAUAACUUCAACUAUUGAAAAAACGAUAAAAACUGCGCAAAUUGAGGAAUACUCAAGUGAUGAUGGUCCAUUGUCUGAAAACAUUUUGGAGUCCACAAUGCCGAUGAUCGAACCAACUUUAGAUGGGAGUAUUUCAACAUUAAAGCCUAUAUAUAUCACUGAUAGCCUCGAGACUCCAGAGCUGGAGACAAUAACGGAUUCAUUUUCCAUUACUCAAACUAAAUUGAGAACACAGAUCUUGCCAAUAAUUUUUGAAAAGAAAAAUGAAACAGUACAGAUAACGCUAGUACAAACCUUUGACUAUACUAGCUUAGUAACGGUCACUCAAACAAUCUCGCCAAUUAGGGACAAUUUUAUUCCAGCUAAAAACUUUAAAGACUUUGCCGCCAUUUUGGAUGAGGCUGGCUCGGAAUUGAAUUUGGACCUUGAAUUUGGUGAUGAAGGCAAUGCAGGUCAAUUCGAUGCAAAAAUCAAUUCUAAUAAUAAGUUGGAGCCUAAGGGUAUUUUAAAUUCAACAAAUAUUCUUCCCAAUAUACAAUUGAAUAGCCCGGAAAAGUUAAAUAACCCCGAAAUUUCAGUUUUGAAUCCACUAUCUCCCAGUAAUAAUGUUAUUACUUCCACACGUCCAGUAAUUAAGCUUGAAACUAUUUGGGAAUCCUACGUAGUACCUCUUCAAAGGGGAACUGAUAGUAUAUUAAGAACAUUGUCCAAGUCCGUAGGUGUUAUUGAAAAAACUGAUUACGUUACCGAAGUAUCCACAUUGCCAAUAUUGCCGCCGAUGUCACAAUUUCCAUAUUCCAUCAAUCCGUUUAACCCGUAUAAUCCCCUAUUAGGCCUUCCCCAACAGCAAUUUAUUACAUCUACUUCUAUAUUGAACACAUUAAUUACAGCAACGAGUAGUAAAGUAUUAAAACUAACAUUUGGAGCAAGAACCGCCUAUACAACAAUAUUUUCCACUUCCGUUGUUCCUACUGCAGUUACUCAAUUGAUUACAGCUACUCUCCCAAUUCAAAACUCUGGAUCAUUCCCGAACUAUUACCCACCUCCAUUCAACCCAUUUGCUUACGUUGGUUAAGGUACGGUUUAAAACCUUAAAUCACUCCCUGUGAAUUACUAAAAUGAAAAUACUCAAAUUUAUUUCGAAUACUCACAUAAACAAUUCAUUCAUAUCGAAUUUGAAAAAGCACUCAAGUCUUUUCCGACUUUUUGCUUAUACUUAAUGCUCAAAGUAAUGAGCUAACUUUCUAUUUUGAAAAUUUUUUGACGAUUUUUAUUGCACCUACACUUAGAAAACAUCUAUUUUCUAUUCUUUAAAAUGGUGCUCAAAUAUGUUAAAAAUAAUAAAA